AUGGCUGCAAGACAAGUCUACUCUAUCCGUGAAGCUGCAGCAAACAACCUAAAGCGCUUUGCAGAAGAGUUUGGUCCUGAGUGGGCAAUGCAACACUUGGUUCCAGAAGUAUUGGACAUGGUCACAAAUCCGCACUAUCUACAUAUGAUGAUGGUUCUACGAGCAAUAUCUCUCAUGGCUCCUGUAAUGGGAUCUGAAAUUACAUGCUCUAAUUUUCUUCCUGUGGUGGCUGAGGCAUCAAAAGACAGAGUUCCAAACGUCAAACUCAAUGUUGCAAAACUUAUGCAAUCCCUCAUCUCCAUAGUCGACCAUUCAGUGGUGGAGAAAACAAUACGUCAGCGUUUGGUGGACCUGAACGAAGAUCCUGAUGUUGAUGUUCGCUAUUUUGCAAACCAAGUUCUUCGUUCCAUUGACGAUGCUGCAGUUGCACAAUCCUAA